AUGACGGUCGACUUUGCCGAUAUGGGCGUGUGGGGCAAGAUGAAGGUUGGGGCCGUCCGAUCCCAUGUGCACGAUUUCCCGGUGAUAUUCGUCUGGGUGACCGGGCCAGCCGAUCUGAAGGCCUACGCGAAUCAGGAGGCGCUAAAUUCCCUGGACGAGCAGGCGCUCAUUCAAUUGCCCUCAUUCCAUUGCACCGAUCACAGCAAAGUAAAAGUUGCCGAGUAUCUGAUCAAACCUUGGCAAGCGGUGUGGAAUAAAAUCAAUUCUUCCGAAAAUCUAAUCAAUUGGAAGGGUAAAUACGCCGAGCAUAAGCUUGUGUUCCAAGGCCACUCCCUCGGUGGCUGCGUGGCCCAAAUGUUGGCGAUGACGGUGGUGAAGAAGAAUGAGUGGCCCGCGGAGCAUGUGCACUCUUUUGUCUAUAAUACGCCGAGAUGCGGGAAUGGGGACUAUGCACAUUAUUUUAUGAACAACGUGCAGGGGCAUAGGGCUUAUUGGAAUAAUGAUCCUUUUCAGCGUCACCCACCCAAACUCGCCGAAGACACCCAGGCCAAACCCGUCGUCUACAAGAACAAUUACUUCCAUGCUGGGGAGUCGAUGAUCCUACGCGAGUCGGAGGAUGGCCUGGAGGCCGUCGGCACCUCGUGCGCCGAGGAGGAGGACGUCAAGUGUGCUGUCGAUCCUGGCAAAGAAAACUUCAAGGACCACUACACGUUCAACUUUGACGACGACCCCGAGCAGUUCUACAAUCCCGUGUGCCCGUCUCAU